CUUUCUCUGUGUGUGUGGAAGCAAACUGCAGUACUCUUCUCACCUUCACCCACCCUCUCUGUUCCCCAACAGGAGCCCAAAGCGGAGGCAGAGGCAGAGGCGCCAGCAUCUGAGGACACGGAGCAGCUGUCGGAGCGCAACGGCACGGCCCACCCCCGGCACUUGUACUCCAAGCGGCUGGACCGCAGCAUCUCCUACCAGCUGGCCACACAAGACGAAGCCACCGCCGCUGCCCAACUCAGCAAGGAGAAGGCCCGGCACACACUUGCUGACCUCAAGCGCCAGCGGGCAGCCGCCAAGCUCCAGAGGCAUCAUUCGGAGGAUUUCCCGCUGGGCCCUGGUGAGGGCCCUCUCCCAGACUCAGAACGCAAUUCAGUUUAUUUUACAGCGGCCAGUGGGGACCCCCCACUCCUCAAGCUGACUGCGCCGGUAGAAGAGACUCCGGCUGAGAAGAAGCGUUGCUGCAAGCUCAUGUGAGAGUGAAGAGGGACCUCAUCCUGCCCUGUGCCCACAGAACGAGGGCUGGCAGAUCCACCCCACUCCCCCACAGGCUGUGUCCACUGGGCUGGACACAGGGAUCUCACCCCUGAGACCUUGGCCUGGGGGGGCAGAGGAGACGAUGGGUUGGAAGCCACAUGGCGUGAAGCCAGAGGCAACCCUUGCGUUCACCCACAAUGUCCUUCCUCACCAGCACAGAAAACGUGGCUUAACAAAACUAUGGGUCCCCGUCUGCCAUUUUUUUUCUAGAUUUCUGCAGUGCAUUCUGGGAACUGGCCAGUGGAGGCCACUUCUGUGUGUGUCUGUGGUUGUGUGUCAGGAAACAACGGCCGUUGAGAGUCCUUGCUGUGGCAAGCUCUAGGAGAAUCUCAGGGAAGAAAGAGAACGACAUGACGGAGCAGCCAGGCUUUGGUUUGGUCCUGUCACUUGGCGUUGCCUUUGCCCCUCAUGCCAACACCACCGGAUCAGGGUGAAUCCUGUAGCCCAGGAGGUGGUGGGAUGGGGGCUUCAGGGGCUUCAUAAAUGAGUGGGAGGUAGGCUUGGGAUGCACAUGGAGGGGCUGAUACCUCCUGUGGCGUAACCUCCCUUCCGAUUUACCCCUGUGUUUUGUCUCUCCCUCAUCUGUGCUCCACUUUCAGUAUCUUACAAAUGAAUUAAAGGUGAGGGGCUUUGGGUGAGGGGGGCAUCAUACCCCAUUUCUAACCCCCCCCCCCCCAGAAGGAGAGAAGGGAAGAUAAGAUGGAGGACACUGGGAACUGUAGUCCAAAAAAGGAUGCAUCCCCAUUUCAGGCUGCAGGGACUGUCUCUGCAAAAGCUUCUGCAACAUUUUGUACGGAGCGUUCCGGUUUGAAGGCCCCUUCCUUGAAGCAAUUGUGUUUUCCUGCCCUCUCCUCCUCCUCCUCCUCCUCCUCCUUUUUUACAUUCCCCCCAUUAUGGUGGCUUUUGCGAGCCAUGAAUUUUCUACUCUCUCCUGUUCGAUUGUCUUUAAAAUCUUUUUCUGAAAAAUUUUGCAGAGUGUAUUUUUUCCUAACUGUGUUUUUAAACCUUAUGGAGUUUUCCCCCCUCCUCCUCCUCCUCCUUGAUAAGGCAAUAAACUAGUGACUGGU